GCCUGCUUCAUUUGCGCAGUUGGACUCGGAACCGAAAAAUGGCGAUGAUGCAGUGGUGCGGCGCAGUAGCUAGGCGAGUGAUGGCGACGGAGCGGCGCGCUCCUUCACUAACGUCACCAAUGGCGGCCGAAGCUCUGGUGCCGAUCCUGUGUGGACGAGGUGACAAGAAGACCAAAAAGGGGAAGAGAUUCAAAGGCUCCUACGGCAACGCCAGGCCGAAGAAGGAGAAGAAGAUUCAGCGCAUCAAGGAUAAAAUCGAGGUUCCUAGUUCCACUCCUUGGCCUCUUCCUUUCAAGCUCAUCUGAUUUUAGUUUUCCUUUUCUGCCUCUAAUCGCAUAAAAUUCCAUGAUCUGUAAUUUCGAAAAAAUCAAGGGUUUCUCGAGGUUUAGGGUUUUGGCAGGAUCGAUUUAAGCGAAAUUGGAAUUGAUCUUGAGUGCUUAAUCGGCUUGCUGGUUUGUACGAUUUCAUUUUUCCGGUCUUGAAUUGGAAUAUGGAUCUUUUUGACCGAAAAUUAGCUCAGAUUCAUAAUGAUAUCUGGAAAUUUUUCGAGAAAGAAAGAAGAUUAUUUGGGGAGGAAAAUAGAUUUUGUAGAUCGGAUUCUGAUUUAUCUUACUGCAGCCUCGCCUGCAACAACGCGGUGGAAUUGAGAAUUGAAGUAUUUCUGCGAUAAA